UUUUCUGAUCGAAAAAUUUUUGUUUUUUAAUAGAAAAGAUGAAUUUACAAUUGAAUGUCCAAAUGUUGGUGAAUUAAAUAAAAUCUUAAUCGCACAUAAUAAUAAAGGUUCAGCACCUGGUUGGUUUUUGGAUCAAAUACUAAUUGAAGAUGUUAUUGCUCAUCAUUUAUAUGAAUUUCCAUGUAAUAGAUGGUUAGCAAAAGAUGAAGAUGAUAAAGAAAUAGCUCGUUUUCUUUUUCCAAAAAAGUCAACUGAUCAUGAGAGACAACCAGUGAGAAAUAAUCAAUACAAAAUAACCGUUUUUACCGGAAAAAAGACCGGCGCUGGAACUGAUGCUGAUGUAUUUAUUACUCUUUAUGGUAAUUUAGCUGAAACAGGUCCGAUCAAGCUUGAAAGUAAAAAGAAUAGUUUUGAAUCUGGAAAAAAAGAUGAAUUUACAAUUGAAUGUCCAAAUGUUGGUGAAUUAAAUAAAAUCUUAAUCGCACAUAAUAAUAAAGGUUCAGCAUCUGGUUGGUUUUUGGAUCAAAUACUAAUUGAAGAUGUUAAUUGGCAUCAUUUAUAUGAAUUUCCAUGUAAUAGAUGGUUAGCAAAAGAUGAAGAUGAUAAAGAAAUAGCUCGUUUUCUUUUUCCAAAGAAAACAGUUACAAAUAGUCAAUAUAAAAUAAAGAGUCAUUUCGAUAUCACUUCAUCAGUUUUUGAAUCAUUUAGUGUCAUUUUUGAAACACAAAUAAAUGCGAAUCCACAUGUUAGAUGUUGA